AUGUGCGGAGGCUCCCUGCCUCCCCACCUCUCCUCGCACCCUUCCUCCCUCCCUCUUCGCCGUCCGCCCUCCUCCUUCCCUCUCCCGCCUGCCUGCCCGCCUUCCUGCCGCCGUCUCCCUCUCCGUGCCGGCUGGGUGCUGAAGUUGGGCGGAUGGCAGCAGACCCGCUCCGUUAGGGACGAGCCGCACCAGCCCUUCUCGGGAUCGCUCAGCGCCAACUGCACGCAGCCAGGCGGGAGUGGCCUCACUGUUAGGAAUGAAGACAGAGGAGACAAUGCAGGAAGGCCAACACAUACAACCAAAAUGGAGAGUAUCCAAGUCAUAGAAGAAUGCCAAAACCCUACUGCAGAUGAAAUUUUGUCUUGGGCUCAAAAUUUUGACAAGAUGAUGAAAACACCAGCUGGGAGGAACCUUUUCAGAGAGUUUCUUCGAACAGAGUAUAGUGAGGAGAACCUGCUUUUCUGGCUUGCAUGUGAAGAUCUAAAGAAGGAACAGAACAAGAAAGUUAUUGAAGAAAAAGCAAGACUUAUAUAUGAAGAUUACAUUUCUAUACUAUCACCAAAAGAGGUUAGUCUUGACUCCCGGGUGAGAGAAGUGAUCAACAGAAACUUGUUGGAUCCCAGCCCUCACAUGUAUGAAGAUGCCCAGCUCCAGAUAUACACCCUAAUGCACAGAGACUCUUUUCCAAGGUUUUUGAACUCUCAGAUUUAUAAGUCUCUUGUUGAAAGUAUUACAGGCUCUACUUCUGAAACUUAG